AUUCCCAGUAAGUUUCAGUCGGUGUCAUUUACCAUUUUGAAGCAUAUGUGCUAAGUUAUAUCUAAGGUUAAAAAGAUAAAUUAAUUACUCCUCUAAAAUUGAGAAAAAAACAUCUGUUUUGCAGAGAAAUAUGUCAACCUAUCUGAUCCUAUUGCUUUGCAUAUCAUUGUGUUGUGCUCAAGAUAAUAAUACUGUGGUGGAAAACACUUCUACAACUGAAGCUUCAACAACUGAUGGAUCUGUUGGGUGCAUUUGUGGCGUGUUCUUAAGUGGACAGUUCAAGAAAGGAAGCAAGGAACAGCCGAAAGGAAAUCCUGCAUUGUUACAUGAAUAUUCGGAUUCUUUUCCAUGUACUGUUGUUGGAAACAAAUUGUGCACCAAUAAAUGCCUGGAUGUUAUAGUAAAACAUUUACCAAAUAGUCCUGCAAUUCUCUGUGGCUCCAUUGAUCGGGAUUGUCACAAGGAAAGAGCAUAUCUUUUUAUAAAGAACUGUAAAGACGAAUGGAUUAAUACUAAUCUGUCUGCUGGACGAGAAUAUUGCUGUAAAGAUGGUAUUCCAUACAAGUGCCCCAUUUUAAGUUGAAUAAGUUAAUCAGGUUUUACCGAUAGUACUUGAACUUUCUUAGUACGAAUUUUCUUUAAUAAAUUUGGUACUUUUUGCUCGAAA